UCGGCAUUUAUCCUGAUGCCACGGUUCUUAGCAGUUAAGAAUUUUAUCGAUGCCGGUGCUGGCGUAGUAGACGAAGAUUAUCGCGGCAACCUUGUUGUGGUAUUAUUCAAUCUCUCCGAUGUCGAAUUUGAAGUUAAACGUGGAGAUAGAAUUGACCAAUUAUUAUGUGAACGCAUAUUCUACCGCGGACUUGAACAAGUCGAUAAAUUGGAAGAAACUAAACGUGGUGAAGCAGGUUUUGGUUCAACGGGUGUGAAAGAACUUCCCGCCAUGAAGAACGGUACAACAGAACCAGCAGGUGAAGCCACAACCGAAUAAUUCUAUAAUCUCGUUAUACCUCU